AUGUUAGGUGCACACCAANCCGCUUGGGUUCCUUGCACUGGCUGUGUUGGCUGUGGCUCUACUGUCUUUAACACCGCCAAGUCUUCUUCUUUCAAGCCUGUUGGUUGCCAGGCCGCUCAAUGCAAACAGGUACCAAACCCCACUUGCGGCGGCACCACCUGCUCAUUCAACCUCACCUACGGUAGCUCCACCGUCGCAGCCAACCUCUCACAAGACAACAUCACUCUAGCCACUGAUUCAAUCUUCAGAUACACCUUUGGCUGCAUAGCAAAAGCCACAGGCAGCUCUGUGCCUCCCCAAGGUCUAUUGGGCCUUGGCCGUGGCCCGUUAUCGCUUCUGUCCCAAACCCAAAACUUGUACCAAUCCACAUUUUCUUACUGCCUUCCUAGCUUCAAGUCCGUCAACUUUUCUGGGUCAUUGAGACUUGGGCCCAUUGGCCAGCCCAAGAGGAUCAAGUACACACCGUUAUUGAAGAACCCAAGAAGAUCUUCACUUUACUAUGUGAAUUUGAUGGCAAUUAGGGUUGGAAGAAAAGUUGUUGAUAUCCCACCCACUGCUUUUGCAUUCAAUCCCACUACUGGUUCAGGAACCAUCAUUGAUUCUGGCACGGUUUUCACCCGGCUAGUCACACCAGCAUACAUUGCAGUGAGAGACGAGUUUCGGAAACGGGUUGGCCGAAACUUAACAGUGACAACCCUAGGUGGAUUCGACACGUGUUAUUCGGUCCCAAUAGUUGCACCAACGAUAACCUUGAUGUUCUCGGGGAUGAAUGUGACACUCCCACAAGACAACCUGCUAAUCCACAGCACAGCAGGCAGCAUCACAUGCCUAGCAAUGGCUGCGGCCCCUGACAAUGUGAACUCAGUGCUGAAUGUGAUAGCCAACAUGCAGCAACAAAACCACAGGUUUCUUUUCGAUGUACCCAAUUCCAGGCUCGGUGUGGCCCGUGAGCCCUGCAGCUGAGUUUGAUGGCUUUUCGUGUUUGUUUGGUACUAAUUUUUAAGAGGAAAAAGGGCCAAAUUAAAAUUAUUUUGUAGCUUUUUGUAAUGGGUUCGUGAUUUGUCACGGGUUCUCUGUAUUUGUCCAGGUGUUUGCAUUUUCUUCAAGAUGAUGAUAAUUUAUGUCACGGGUGACUAGAAGUCUUUCAUGUACUUUUUUUUUGUUAAAAUAAUUCUAAUCAAUCAAUAAUACACCCCCUGGUUUCUUUAUAGUUA